CCGAACGCAACUCUAUAAUUCCUAAUGUCUAUGGUGAAAACAUGUGUUUACACGAUCCUAACCUGUUAUAAGUUGUUUGGGAAAACGAUAUGUACUUUUCAAUCAAUUUUAUUGCUUGUUAGCUUUAUCGCAGUUAUUUAGUUGGCUAACAGCUAAGCACUUAAUUAUAUUCAGAAUUUAAUAUUGUUAUAUUUGUAUUACGGUUAGAGUAAACUGUGUAAAAAUAUAGAAAGAAGAUUAAACGACUCUAGCAACACAAUUUUUCCUGAAUAUCUUUUGAUAGAAAUUUUAACGAAUUGUGCAAGUGUGAAUUUAAGAAGUUGACAUUAUGGCUGACACAAAUGAUAUGAAAACGGUAACAACCAGCAUUGUAGAGAACGAAAAAAAUCCGUAUGCAUAUCUUGAAAGAGACGAUUUUACUUCUGAAAAGUACAAGAUAGAAGUGCGCGGUUUACCAAAACAUUAUGGAAUUGGUGAAUUCAAGAAGCUCUUAAAUGAAAAACUGGAUUUGCAAUUAUGUAAAGUAAAGCCACCUAAAAAAGGCAGCAGCAGUUGGUUAUAUGUAUGUUUCAGAAGUGAGGAAUGUCGUCAACGAGCAAUAACUACUAUUAAUGGGAUUUUGUGGAAAAACAGUAAACUCACUGCACAGGCAGCUAAACCUGCUCCAGAUCCUUUUGUGAAAAGAAAACUGGAAGAAGAGUCUAGCAACAAACGUUUGAAAACUGAUGCUGAGGAUCCAAAUUGUUCCCCUAUGGACAGAAUCAAAUUUAGUACUACUCCUUUGUGGAACAUGCCAUAUCUAGAUCAGCUCGAACUUAAGCAAAAGGAGAUGAAAUCUAUCCUGAUAAAAAUUGGUCAGCGAAUGGUUAUAGAAAGUAAAGCAUUGACAGACUGGGUAAAUUCACAAAGAAAAUUGUACGAUGGAUUGCCAUGCAAGUUGCAGAAUAUACUUUCAGCGGAUAUUACUGAAGCAUAUAGAAAUAAAUGCGAGUUUACAAUUGGUAAAGACAGCGAGCAGAGCAAAAUUAUGAUUGGGUUUAGACUAUCAGCUUAUGCCUCAGGUUCUACAGCAGUUGGACCUAUUGACGAUCUUUGUCACAUUCCAAAAAAUAUGAAAAUUGCUGUAAAGAUAUUAGAAAUAUUUAUACGUGAGUCAAACUUGGAGCCUUUUAAUCCAGUUGAUCAUAGUGGAUAUUGGAGACAAGUUACCGCUCGAACCACUCGUGCCAAUCAUCUAAUGUUGAUAGUAGGAAUACAUCCUCAAGAUCUACGUAGCGAUGAAUUAGAAAAGUUAAAAUCGCAAUUAAGAAUAUUUUUCGAAACUGGAAAAGGUGUUGAUGCUCAUGUCACUUCAUUGUACUUUCAAACAAUUGAUAAGAAAAGUAAAGGUGGUGAAAGUAGCGACACCUUAUAUCAUAUAAGUGGAACAAAAUAUAUAGAAGAAACGCUACUCGGAAUGAAAUUUCGAGUUUCGCCUCAAGCAUUUUUUCAAGUUAAUACUUUAGGAGCAGAAGUUCUGUACAAGGCGGCAAUCGAUCUUGCUGAACCUACGAUGGAUACGGCGCUACUUGAUGUGUGUUGCGGUACUGGAACUAUAGGUCUCUGCUUUUCGAAGCAUUACGGCGAAGUAUUAGGAGUGGAAAUUAUUCCUGAUGCUAUAAAAGACGCGAAGGAAAACGCUAUUAAGAACGAUAUUAUUAAUUGCGAAUUUUUUGUUGGGAAGGCGGAGGAUAUUUUGUUGCCUGUUAUUCAGAGGACAACAAAAUCGAAUAUUACUGCUAUUGUGGAUCCUCCACGAGCUGGCUUACAUCAAAAAGCUUUAUUGACACUACGUAAAUCAAAAAAGUUGAGCAAACUGGUGUAUAUAGCGUGCGACCCGGGUGCUGCCAUUAAAAAUUUAAUUGACUUAGCACGACCUACUUCCAAGCAGUAUCUCGGUGAGCCCUUGGUACCAGUAAAGGCCAUCGCGGUUGACAUGUUUCCUCAUACUAAGCAUUGUGAAUUAAUAUUGUGCCUUGAAAGGCUAUCGAAAGUGACGAAAUGAAAUGAAUCGUCCAAAAAAAUCGAAUAAAGAACGUUUAAAAUAUA